ACAUCACUAACUAGCCAGUUCCCUCCAGCAGCACCAGAGAGCUUCAUUUUCUGAUCUGCUUUUGUGUUAAAAUGGAGGCUGGCUCCUUGCCUUAAGUGGAUUGCCUUCCUGGUCGAGUUUAGAUGUUGACAUGCACUAAAGCUGGAAUCAGGAUGGUUGUGGAUGCACCUAAUUCCAGUGGGACUUUCCAGCCAGUGGCUCUUAUGCACUUCAGAGACUGUGCUCUGGCGGAGCAGGAGAAGCUGUUUGUGCAGAAGCUGCGCCAGUGUUGCGUGCUCUUUGACUUCCUGUCGGACCCACUAAGUGACCUGAAAUGGAAGGAGGUGAAGCGUGCGGCGCUGAGCGAGAUGGUCGAGUACAUCACCCACAACAGGAACGUCAUCACAGAGCCCGUCUACCCAGAGGUGGUGCACAUGUUUACGGUGAACAUGUUCCGAACGUUACCUCCGUCAUCCAACCCCACAGGAGCAGAGUUUGACCCGGAGGAGGACGAGCCUACACUUGAGGCUGCUUGGCCACAUCUCCAGCUCGUCUACGAAUUUUUCCUUCGGUUUUUAGAAUCUCCUGACUUUCAACCGAACAUAGCAAAGAAGUACAUCGACCAAAAAUUUGUGAUGCAGCUUUUAGACCUGUUUGACAGUGAGGACCCACGGGAGAGGGACUUCCUCAAAACCACUCUCCACAGGAUCUAUGGGAAAUUCCUGGGACUACGGGCCUACAUCAGAAAACACAUCAAUAAUAUAUUUUAUAGGUUUAUCUAUGAAACUGAGCACCAUAAUGGAAUAGCAGAAUUACUGGAGAUACUCGGAAGUAUAAUCAAUGGGUUUGCCUUACCGCUAAAAGAGGAGCACAAGAUUUUCCUGUUAAAGGUCCUGUUGCCUUUGCACAAAGUCAAAUCACUUAGUGUCUACCAUCCACAGCUGGCAUACUGUGUUGUGCAAUUUCUAGAGAAGGACAGCACUCUCACUGAACCAGUGGUAAUGGCCCUUCUCAAAUACUGGCCAAAGACUCACAGCCCCAAAGAGGUGAUGUUCCUCAAUGAGCUGGAGGAGAUUCUGGAUGUCAUUGAGCCGUCUGAGUUUGUCAAGGUCAUGGAGCCACUCUUCAGGCAGCUGGCAAAGUGUGUGUCCAGCCCGCACUUCCAGGUAGCAGAGAGAGCUCUGUACUACUGGAACAAUGAGUACAUCAUGAGUCUAAUCAGCGACAAUGCAGCCAAAAUCCUGCCCAUCAUGUUCCCGGCACUCUACCGUAACUCCAAGACCCACUGGAACAAGACCAUCCAUGGCCUCAUCUACAACGCUCUCAAGCUCUUCAUGGAGAUGAACCAGAAGCUGUUUGAUGACUGCACACAGCAGUUCAGAGCAGAGAAAAAUAAAGAAAAGGCCAAGUCAAAAGAGAGGGAAGAGGCCUGGCUCAAGAUUGAGAACCUUGCCAAAUCCAAUCCACAUUUUCUUAUGUGUGUUGAUUCCACUGUCCUCAAUGGACCAGUAGAAAUGGAGUCUGAUGGUCUAUUAACCUCUGAAGAAGUUCACAGGUUAAAAAAGACAGUAACGGAAGAAUCCACUCAGUUACAACAGAGAGACCAGAGAAAAGACCGUCCUCUGGUGCAGCGCGAGUCGGAUCUCCCUCAGGACAUCUACACCGCAAAAGCCUUGGAGACCCAUCGCCGCGCUGAUGACAUGAUCACCACCCACAAUAUACUCUAGGUCUGCCCCUCCUCUCUCUUCUCUUCUGUCCAGUCCCCUAAAGGAGUACCCUCGCCCCUCCACACCCCACCUCCCAACCCACACAGCACAUUCAGAAUACUGGCCCGGUUUCCCUAUCUCGCCAGUACACUGCCCCAACUCACUCGGAUUUCUGCUUUCUCUGGUGUUUAUUUUGGGGGGAGGGGUGGGGCCGCAACUCUUUUAGCUGUCGGUCCUGCGGAGUCAUUGUUUUCCUUAUUGUUUCCGCUGAAUUGUGCAUAAAACAGUAUAUCGGCUCAUCCCUCCCUGCUCUUAUUGUAUGAAUGAAAAUGGGGACGUUUCGUUCCACCUGCGACAUGACAAGCUCAACAAACGUAGAGAGCAGAAACUGAAUGAGGGAGACUUCUUUUCUUCUUCUGUCAAGGGGAAACAACCAAAAACAGAUGGUUAGAUGGAGGGGGUAGGACUGUUGGAUCGACUUUCCGGACUUUAUUUUUAUCCCAGGGACAUCUGCCAGUGCCAAGACCAUUUGUGUACUUUUUUUAGUUUCUGCGUCUAUUUUUCUCUCUGUGAUUUUAACAAGGGCGACUAGCUAGGUAGAGCCUGUGUUUGCCUUCAUUUUUUUGGCCUCGGAUGUUUUGACAAUUGUUUUUAAUAAGCUGAAGAGCAACAGGGCUGUCUAAAGUGACUGAUCCAUCUGUUCUGAUGAAGUCACACUGUGACAGGGAUUGAGAGAGGGAGGAAGGGAUGUUCUCUGUGGACACUAGACUCUUUACACUCUACAUUUUGUGCCAUAUAAAACUUUUUUUUUAUUUUGUCUUAUUUCCUUUCUCAUACCCAUCUGUUGAAUUCCAUCUGCAAUAUGUGAGCUGGAAAUUUCACAGUGAAAUUAUUGACAGAAAUAUUGACAGUUCAAACAAUGGUACAAACAAUGGUUUAUUUCAUAUAGAGAAACACAUUGGGUGGUUGUUAGUUUCCACCCUGUUUGUCAUACUCAAAAGCCCCUCUUAGACAUUUCAACAUCUGUAGCCAGUUUUUACUGGAAUCACAUUAUGACACCUUACCUGGGGGUAUCACAUAAUGAGUAGUUAUUUGGGAUGCAAGAUGAUUUGUAGAUCAGUGUUUCUGCACAGCCUGACUGCAAUCUAGUCCAUCUUAAAUGCAUACCCCACUGGGCACACACUGGUUGAAUCAAUGUUUCCAUGUAAUUUCAAUGAAAUUAAGUUGAACCAAUGUGGAAUAGACAUUGAGUUGAUGAUCCAGGCUUCAGCAGUCCUGGAGCUACUUGCUAGUCAAGCAUUGACCUCCAUUAGUUUCAGAGGUACCCAUGAUAUCACAUGUCGUGUUCAUCUCGAACCCCCCCCCAGCAUGCUCACUAUUCCCCCUGUUGUUUUUUACCACCACCCUCUUAUCCAGAUGUGCUUCUCUGUGGAGCUGAAUGGACUGUUUCUAAGCAAAGAACAAAACAAAUUAUUCACUUCCAUAAGACAUCCUUUUCGAAGACAUCGGAGUGCCUUUUAUCAUGAGGAGAAAUAUGAAAUAAUUUUUGGCCCCAAUGAGGAGAAUAGCAACACUAUUUGGAUGGGAAAACCAUUUCAUGUGACGGUUAAAUGGGCAUAUGUGUCCAUUGCCAAUAAUAUAUACUGAUUCACAGGCACAUUCACAGAGAUAGAGACCGAGCGGUGAUUCCAGACCUGAAUAACUCUUGGAAGUAGAUGAAUCGUGUAGUUGUUAAGAAAAAGCAUAUUGAACUACCUAAAAAGCACUUCCUGAAAACUUGAAAGAUGUGACAUGUUUGUGUAUAUUCAAAUGAAGCUCUGUAUCCCGUUGAGUAUAUAUGUACAGUCUAUUCUGCUUUCUCAAGUCAGGAAGCUGUCAAAUCCAGGAGUGUUUUGGACAUUAACAUUUACAAGUGGGUCAUCUCUGGAACCAUUGUUUGAACUUCCAAAUCUAGCAUGGGUAUACAAUCUGUAAUGUGUUUUGUGUUGUCCCUGGUAACUUAUAGCCUGGAUGCUAGUUUUAGCAUUGUAGCUGCCAAUGGAACAAUGCUAAAACAGACAGAUCGAGGCUUGGCAACUGUAUUAUUCAUAUUUGCUUGAAUGGAAAAGGUGUACAUUUAUACAACCAAUGUUAAACAUGUAUUUUUUUCCCCUGGAAGAAUGGCACUUACCAAAACAAUUUCUAUCCUAAAAUAAUAUAUUUGCUUUUUAUUUAACGGUAUUGGUUUAAGAUAUUUUAUCAGUUUGCAUUUUGUUUUUGUUCGAACUGUUGUUUUUGUGUAGACCCAUAGAUAAAUGACUCGUAAAACAAGUUAGACGGGAAAAAAAUAUGUUGGUGACUGUUUUUCUAAAUUCUUUGCUUGACCGCAGCAUCUUUGCAGGAUUUUAGUUGAACAUGUACUUUACAAAAUAUAAUAACUUGACAAGUG